UUCUCUUUCUAUUUUGCCUUCCUCCUCGUCGCGACUCGCGAGCUUCUGCGUUGGCCGCCGCCGCCGCUCCCGCAGCAACGGUCGCCUCGGUCAGCAGCAGCGAGCGGUGGACGAAAAGCUCGCCAUGCGAGGUGGGAUCCUGUGGGCACCGGGGCUGGCUUCGGGUGGGCUAGGCCGGCGCUGAGUCGGUGCACGCUCUGUUUUCCCACGCCGAAACGCGCGCACCGACACCGCAAGCUUCGUCCUCCCCCCUUUGUGCGCCUCGCUUUGUCGAAGCCGCCGCCACCGCGGAGAAGCGCCCAGCAAGCAAGCAAGCCACCACUGCUGCCCGCAGCGCCACCGGCUGACAAGGGACAGCAACGCACUUUCUUUUUUUUUUCCUUCCGCUCAUAGGGGGGGUCCCAAACAAACAUGGUGGACGUUUGGGAUGUCCGUACUCAGCUGCUGAAUUACUUCCACUCGCAUCCCGGCGAAAAUGUGCGCACCGUGGACCUUUGUCGCGUGAUCAAGCAACCCAAGAAGACAAUCAACAGUGUGCUCUACCGGCUGCAAAGGGACGGCGUGCUGCAGAAAGUGGUCGAAAGUCCGCCGACAUGGAGGGAAGCUGGAUCUGCUGGUAGUCGCAUUGAACAGCAAUACUCGAUCGGCUAUCCGAACGACGGAGCCGCGGCCGAUGGUUGGCAUAAGUUGAGAGGGCAUCCUGACGAGAACUCGACUGGCAAGCCUCUGGCCAUCACAGACGGCCGUUCGCCGCCCCCACCUUUCCCCACGGGAGCGACGGAUGUGUCGGAUGCGCUGGUCAAUGAGGAAGAGCAGCAACAGCAGCAGCAGGGGCCGGUGCGGCUGCCCGAGAGCUCGCCUCCUCCCAACCUACCUCCCAACCUGGUGGUCACCCGCGGAGGUGGCAGGUUCGCGGCGCCUCCCUCCCUGGCUCCACAGCAGCUGGGCGGCGCACCUCUUCCACAGCAGCAGCAGUCGCCACAACAGCCACAGCCUCCACUGGGCUCUGCUCUGGUCGCGCCCGUGCCCAACAACUCGCUCGUCCCGUGCGCCAACUCCCUGUUGCCGGUGGCCCCCAACAGUGUAGCCGUCACGACUGCCAACAACCCGGCGGCAGCUCUGGCGGUGGCACAGCAGCCCGUGGCGGGUCCUCCCGCCGCUGCGGUGGCGGCCUCCAACAACAUCUUGCAGACGGACCUGACGGCGCUGGUCAUUUCGCACCUGCGCACCAUUGGCACGCCCGUGUACACCAAGGACAUGGUCAAGGCCCUGGGCCUCAAGCACAAGCGCGAGGUGAACCCCAUCCUGUACCGGCUCCAGGACCGGGGCGUCCUCACCAAGGUGUGGGACACGCCACCGGCCUGGACCCUCGUGCCGGGCAGCUACGGCGACCUGGAACGAAACAACCUAUUUGCGGCCGCCGCAGCAGCUGCGGCCGCGAGCAAGCAGCAGGCACCACCCCGUGACGCAGCCGCUCCGCCGGACUUUGGCGGCGACGAUGAGAACAUGGUCGCCACUGGGCCCAACGGGGUCGGAGGGCCGCGGGGAGGGCCCAAGGGACCCCCGAAGCCAGCGAGGCAGCCCCUUCCCCCCCACGAACUGCUGCGGCUGAGCAAUACCUUCGCGCAGAUGAUGAUGCAACAGCAGGCCGCCGCAGCGGCGGCUGGCAUGGCGGCAGCCAACGGCGGGGUCAUGCCGCCUCAGGCCCCGCCAGCCUCCGUGGCGGCCGCGGCAGCCAACCUCAAGAUCACCCAGUCAGUGGUGUCGCAGUCACUAGAGGUUAGCUACGGGCAGCAGCAACAGCAGCAGCAGCAGAGCAGCAACGGCAGUGAUGCCGGCAGCAAUGGGACUGUGCGGGAAGAAGCACCUGCGGCUGCGCCGGCUCCGGCGCCACCUUCGAACCCACCAGGGCCGCAGAGUAUCUCCAAGUUCCCCAGCUACGCGUCCCUGACCAAGAACCCCGUGAGCGCGUUCCAUGAGUUUGGCCAGAUGCAGCACGUCGAGGCCAAGAUAGACAUUGUGGCCACAGAUGGCCCACCCCACAACCCAAGGUUCAAAGCAGUUGCAUUUCUGGACAAGAAACCUGUGGCCGAGGCCUGGGACAAGACCAAGAAGGAAGCCAAGCACCAGGCCGCCGAACUCGCCUUCCGCAAGCUGGUGGCGAGCGGUGCCCUCGCUUCCGACGUCCCCUCCCCAGAGACGGACAUCCUGAGCAGUCAGGAUGAGAGCAUCCCCAUGUUUGAUAUUAUUGCUGCCCUAAGUCACCGCGAGUUCAGCCAGAAAGUGCUGGAGGUGCCAGAGUAUGUGGGCGGCCGCAAGGUGCUCGCCGCCCUCGUCAUGAAGACCGGACCCACCGACCGGGGCACCGUGGUCUGUUUUGGCACAGGGAGCCGAUGCAUUACUGGCGAACAGCUAAGCCAGGAUGGAACCGUGGUGAACGAUUCACACGCAGAAGUAAUAACAAGGAGGAGCUUCCUCAGGUUUCUAUACCAGCAGCUCAAGAACUACGGGCCGGGGAAGGAGCAUGCCAUCCUAGAGCCCACGGAGGACGGUCAGCGGAUCCGGAUCAAGCCGGAUGUCUCUUUCCACUUGUACAUUUCCACCGCGCCCUGCGGCGACGGGGCCCUUUUUGCCCACACGACGAAGCCAGACGACAAGAACAAGACACAGGAUCAGAACAGCGAACAGCAUCACCCACUCUUCACCAAGAGCUGCCAGGGGCUCCUGCGAACAAAGCUGGAAGCAGGCGAAGGCACGGUCCCCGUGGACCUGACUACAGACUACCAGACCUGGGAUGCCAUCCUGCAAGGUGAACGACUGCGUACCAUGUCCUGCAGCGAUAAGAUUGCUCGCUGGAACGUUCUCGGUCUGCAAGGGGCUCUGCUCAGCCACUUUCUGCAGCCUGUCUAUCUGAGCUCCAUCACCCUGGGUAAUCUGUAUCACCACGGGCACCUGUCUCGGGCGGUGUGUUGCCGUCUGGAAGGAGAGCCCGGGCUGGAUAGCCUGUUGCCGACACGCUACACCCUGCACCACCCGACACUGGGCUGCGUGAGCGGCCACAACCCACCCCGCGACACCGAGAAGACCAAGCCCUAUUCCAUCAACUGGUGCGUGGGUGAUGAGCGCCCAGAGGUCACCAACAGUGGCACCGGCAUGCGCCAGGACAGGAGCGGCACCAACCUGGAGUCGCGCGUCUCCAAGGCGUCGCUGUUCUCCCUCUUCAAGGACACCUGCGAGUUGCUGGGCCGCGAGGACCUGCUGUGCAAGACAUACGGCGAGACCAAGGACUCGGCGAUGAGCUACCAGGGUGCCAAGAAGGUGCUCUUUGAGCGCUUCCUCAAGCUGGAUCGCGGUCGCUGGGUGCGCAAACCACCCGAAGAGGAGAUGUUUCACUAGGAUGUUCCUUGUUUCUUCUCAUUUCCCCCCCCCCCCACCCUUUUUUUCUUCUUUUUUCAUUGUCACACAUCAUUACCUUCACAUUUCUUUUUUUUAUCUUCUUCUUCCUGCUGAUGACGCAUCAGUUCACAUCGUCUCGCCAUUAUUUGUGUUAAGUCUUUUUUUUUUUUUUUUCACAACUCUUGUCCUUGCUCAUCGUGCCGUCGCCAGAGGCAGGAGCUUCUCGUCUCGUGGCCAUAUUACUUCACUCAUCACUCGCACCAUUCCGGGCGACCAUUUCCACACCGCUGCGUGUUCGGAAACUUGCUCUUUGCCGGCACUGUACGCUUGCUUAUCACCCCUCUCGUUUAUAGUUACACUAAUACUCUGUAUUACUUUUUUAGGCCUGCCUGUGACUCUAGAAGGCAGUGAAAGCAUUCCUCCGCCAUUAUCCUGCAUGCGCCUGUAGGUACUUCUCACUUCUGUGCUUCAUCUUUGUUGGUUUGGGCCCGGAAGCACUUGAAAUGCCCUGUGUACAAAGGGCAGAGGACACGUGGGAAACAUCAAGAGCCGAAACUUUCCUCCACCAUGUUUACACUUGCUCCCGGAGAAACGCUUUUGCCCCGCAAGCCUUGCGCUUCAGCUCUCUCUUAUGCUGGCACAUCACAGAGCUCCGAUUCAUCUGCGAGGAAUGAUUCUAAGGAUAGACAACUGCGCUAAUUUCAGUGGCUUGGCUGGUCAAUGCUGUUGUGAAAAACGGAGGAGCUUGCACAUCGGUUAUCCCCACUAAACGCGUUUAGCACAUGCCUCUUUUCGUACGGCAGUGAUGAUGAACAAAUUUUGCUGCUGUACCCGUUUGAUGUUAAUUUUGUUCAGGCACUCAUUUGUCUUUAGAAAGUUUGCCUGCUGGGGCUUUCCUUUGCAGAGAAAAGCAGGCAGCUAGGCUGUCACUAAACUUCGUUCAUCUUGGCCAGGCGAUGUCUAGGUCUUGCAACUGUUCCUUUGUCCUUUUAUAUUUUUCUUCAAAGAACAUGCUCCUUGGAGGAGUGCUCCUGUCCCAGAGCUACUGUCUUCCUUUAAGGCAGUAUGAAAGGAACAGCAAGUACUCCUGUAUGUAAUUGUUACUUUUGGGCAUCGGGGAGGAUGCGACCCUUUGCGCACUGGCAAAGGAAGGACAACACGUCUUGUCUGUCCACUCUGUGUCUUCUACCCUCUAUCAGCUUAACCCCCGCAAUACUAUGAGACUCGCUGGCAUGCACCCAAUCCCCUCUUCUUACACAUCCACCAGGCUGUUGAGUCAAGCAUUUAUAUUGGUCCGUUAGGCAGUUAUCUGCUUGGCUGUCCCACAGUUAGCAUUUCGACUGGAUGGCCGCAGCUGUUCAUAUUGGCAUGCAUCCAAUUUGGCUAGCUCGUGUGUAAGGGAAGUCACACAACCCCGGCAUAACCUGCAGUAGCUGCAGUCACCUUGGAAUUUUACUGGGCUACUUGCAGUUAUGGCAGGUGUGCUUGGGUUGCAGGCCGCUCGCCAAAAUCAAGUUCCCCGCUUCGAAGCCCCUGCCUGAAUUCCAUUGCCGUUGGUGACGAUACUGGCCUCCUUUGUCCUCCUGCCAUUAAGCUGCCUCCCUUCCCCCCCCCCCUUUUUUUUGUACCAAUUGUUACGUAAAUAAGGCAGCCAGGUAUCAUUGGCUCUUCCUGAUAAAUUUAGAGGCUUGUUCCGGCUCAAAUUUUCUGCGGCAUGGCAUUUUUCUUGCUACAAUAUUUGGCCAUAGUACUCGUCUCUGCAAAUGAAACUGCUUGUCUGCUGCAGUAGGAGACCUGAAAAGUAACUUUCAGUGAAGGGAACAGUGUUGUCAUGCCCUGUCAGAUGACGUGGUCAUUGUAUUUCUGGGAAAACGAUCUACAUGUUUGCUUGACGUGGCCACAGAUGGAAUGUGGCCUCUGACUUAUUCUGGACGAAAGCAGCAAGUAGCGCAUCGUAAAUGGGAUGAACCCAUGGUUCAAUUGGAAGAGCCACUUAUAUGUGUCUUCUUUGUUUGCACAACACAUCAUGUGCAUCUGGUACAAAAGGCUGGUGACUGACAUAGCCAAAACAGACGGCGUUUUCACGAGGUCGCAAGUACAAAGAGCAACAGGUGUAGACGAGGAGGACCCCUGUGUAAACAUGGCAGGCCCAAAAUGAUGGUGUACCCGGCACGCUCUUCGAGCCCGGCAUGCCACGCAUGUUGCUGAUCGUUAAAGCAUGCCAACUUGUAGGAAUUGUAGUGCUGGUUCACGACUGCAGUCUCGUCGGUGCGAUCUAGGCCGCAAGGUUCCAGGUAUGGUUGCAGUGCCAGCGGGGCUUGUUGUACUCAAAAGUAGGCCUAGCGUUUUUUGCUCACUCCUUAACAAGCCUGCCGGGCCGGGGGGCCACCACCUGCCUAGCUAGAGGGGGUGCUGUCUACUUGUAAUGCAUUGUGAGGGAGAUCGUGCUUCUUUCCCGUUUUGCUCACUGGCUAACUUCAAAAGUUAGCCCGCUUUUUUUUCUCUCUAUUUUUCCAACAGAAGUCCAGCAUUUGCUUGUGCUUUCGUGCAUUGUGCGAGUCGUGAUUGUCUUGCAUUUUUUUCUAUUGCAUUGCAUUGCACGAUUUGUGAAAAACAUCCUGCUCUCGACGAGGCGCUUUCUGACAGCACAAUGUGAAUUUGAAGCGACGUUCAUUGCUUCUCAGCUCUCGCUCCCUUGUGGUUCUUUUUUGUUUGUUUAUUUAUUUAUUUUGCUUGCUUUGUUGUCUUCUGCACACCUUUUGUAUGGCCGACAACAGAGUGGUGUACCACUUGAACACGACACUGAUGUGUCCUCCACCUCUUGCGGGUGUCAUGAAAGCCACGCUAUGUAAAGGGCUCCUGCCAUUGCCGAAGGCGUUAACCAGUUUCAUCUGUUCGUGGGCCAUCGGCCGCUAUAUGUGCCGAUUCUGUCCACAGGCAGACAGCAUGCAGAGUGAUGUCUUUGGUAAUCGCAGCACUUCUUUUCUUUUCUUCGCCUUUUCAAGUCUUUUGUAUAUAUUUGCUUCUUUCUUGUAAUCACAGUGCAGCUAUUUCACCUUAUGUAUCAUCACUAUUACUCUCUCAGUCAUCAUGUUGUUGCCAUGUCUUAUUCCUACAGUUGUCACUACUGUUACUUGCGAAAUGGGUUUACGUUGCAAACUGUUCAGCAUGGAUGCCAUCCCAGUGCGUCUUGUCCUUUUUUUUUUUCUCCUCCUACAUGUUUGUCACCCUCAUGUUGCGUCGUUCUCGCUGUAGCGUCAUCGAUGCCAUUUUAGUUUCUGCAAGAGUCGGGCACGGCCCUGUCUUAUGUGUGGCAUGUUUCAAAAGCGAGGUGUUGCACCACGCCUUCUUUUAAUGCCUGGUGGCUCACUUGAAGCCGCACAUAUUGUCGCGUUGUACAUAAGCGCGGUGCCGCCGAGCAUCGCUUGCUGUUUUUAGUUGAUGCAUCUCUCGCCAUGUCGGAACAGGCGUUUGACCUUCGUCGUCUAUGUUGCAAUGUUUUGUCAGAUGCAUGGAGACACCGCCCACACUCAUCCCCUGGCGUUGUCAUCAUGCACCAUUUGUUUUUCCCAUUUUGGUCCUGCUAUGCAUUGGUUUCCUCCGUUUUUUCCCACGUGCUGGUUUUAUGUAGCGUUGCAGCUUCUGAUUUUUGCUGAGCUCACUGUUCAAGAAUGUGUACGAGCAAAAAUUCUUGCUACAUUCUUUUUCCUCAUUCUUCUUUUUUUUUCCACAUGAAUUGCUGCAAGCGUGAUAGCUGUUCUUAAGACUGAAUGCAGCACUUUUAUUUGCGCAGCAGUGGUUUCAUUUUCACCCAACUUUGUGCCCAGUCGCAUUGUGUGUUGUCACGUCUUGUUUGCCAUAUUAGAAGAUUGCGGUGGUUUUGGCUUCUUCAGCAGUUUCUGUCCUUUUGCGCCACGCGGUAGGUUUUUUUGAAUGCACAUCUCGAGUCCUAUCCGCCUUUCUUUUUUUUUUGCAUUUACGCUCUACCUGCUUUUUUUAUAGUUUCAAGACGCACUUCUGCGAAACAAGCAGAACUCCAAACAGGAUGUGCCAAAAAGCAAAAAAAGAAGAGGCGCAGAAGCUGGAGAAUCCUCUCCCGAAGGAGAGAGAAGUCUAAACGUGCCAUCCUUUCCGAGCAGGGGUUGGACGAGGCACGAUAACACGAAAGGGAUUGAGGUGACCGUCAUGGUCGCAGUCUGCAUGGUUGCAAUCGCUGAACGCACCGACAGGGCGCAGUAUGGGACAGAGAGAGGUGCGUGGUCUGGUCAGCCGAGAAGGCAAGCAUCAUUUUUGUCAUGAGUCGCGUCGUAUGUGGCUCCACAAGAUGGUGCCACCGAUUCCCGCCUGCUUGGAAGGCCCAGUGCGCUGCCACUGUCAUGUUGCCGCUUGUGCAACGGGGAAGAGCACACGGCACAUACGACAGCGCGCACCAAGAUGGCUCCUGCCCACCAGCCACGUCCUCCCUUCCUUCGCCGCAUCCGGCGACGUGCAGGGUUGCCGAGAGCAGAACAGAGGCCGCCGAUGGCUGCCACCCGGCCAGUUUCGUCGACGUCUGACAAGGCACGAGCAUUCAUACGAGCGUAGCAUGCACGUCGGGUGGGGGACUUUGUGCCCCAUGGCACACGCGCUUUGUCUUUUUCUUUGUACUCGUCACAUGCACCCCGUGCACAUGAAAACGGUCGGACAGCAGCAGCAAGAUGAGCUGUGACUGAGUCGUCGGUGCGGAACGCAGGCGGUCUGGACCGGACAUACUUAACAGCGUUAGCGCAGACCCUUCUCCGAGGCAGCAGCCAUCUCUGCUGGAACGCUCGAGCGUAUAUCUUUCACUCUCUCUCCACUCACCCGCACCCCUCUCUUCUUUGUCAUGUGCACGUGAUGUCUGUGAAUGCUGCUCGUGUUGCUGAUACGUGUCCGCCUAGGUAAGGCAUACAUGCAUGCUCUGGCUCUAUUUAACCUGCUCGUUAGUUGCGUGUGUAGCAUUGCGGCCCCCUUCCUCCCAUUUGGGAUAGAGGGGUCUUCUCUGUAGGCAUAAUAAAUGCACCAGUAAGCUUAUACCCUCUCACCAUAUUCUUUUCGUCUGCUGCUAUUGCGUUUCUCUCACCGUUUGGAUCCCUAAGGAGAAACGGGUUUUGGUUCUCGUGGUCUGUCUAGGGACUCACUCUCGUUGCUCUUCAGGGCACCAAGCUUCGAGUUGAGAUUCGUUCGAUUGCCGUUCUUAUGCUGCAUCGCUUUCGAAGAGCUUGGUUUGUCUUCUGCAACGGUUGAGUGAACUCACUUGGCUCCCUCAGCUUGCUGGGGCCAGGAUCCUAGCGCAAACGGUGGAGCUACUACCUUUGGUCUGAUCACACUGUCAAACGGACGGUGCCAAGGAGGGCAUUCCAUCGCUUUUCCAUUUUUCAGUCUGGCCCAAGGCUGUUCGUGCGUAGAGCCUAGUUGCCUUGCUAGCACGGGGACCUUUGUCUUCUUCCUCCUCAUGCAUCUUGACUCGCUCUUCACUCUAUCUAACUUUCUCGGUAGUUUUAUCGUUUUUAUUGUAGCUCGUGAACGUAACCAAUCUCGUGAGUGUUAGUAAGCUCGAACCUAAGCCGACCUAGGGCCGACGUCCGCGACCCCUGUGUAGUUGCGGACAGCGGCGAUAGAUCGUCGCGUCGUUGUAAUCUAGCGAAAGCGCGAUUUAGGAAACAAGGUUCAGUGUCUUCUCGUCUUGUCUGUGCUUUUGUGUGUGUCUUACUGCGCGUGUACACUCUUGCUUGGAAGAGAAAAAAAAAUGCGAAUAAGGGAGACAAAACCACUGAAAGCGUAAAACGAAGAACUUGGUUUCGGCAUCGUCGUCUAAACGUUUGGUUGGCGUUGUUUUUCCUUAGUUUCGUUCCGGCAUCUGUAUUUCCUGGCUGCUGGCUUUCAUUUUUGUCAUGGUACAGUCUUUUUACAACAUUUGUUCCUUUCUUUGAACUUCGCGCUCUUCAGACAACUUUCUCGCUUCCUCAGUUUAAUCGUGGAAGGUUGGGAGACGGGUCCGCACGCCGUGGCAGUCGGGCACCUUUGGCAGUCCCCGGUGUGGAUAGCUUUCUUUCUUUAUUCUUUCUGUCUCAUUACCUGCAGCCGACCUGGCGAAUCAAGAACACGAAGAGGCGUGAAUUAGCGCACACGCACACUUGCUGCACAUGUACACUGCGUGGACUUUGUUGCAUCAGGCCAGGCAGCAGCGACAUGUGCGCCAAGAGUGAGUGAAGGAACGGAGUCACACCUUCCCGACUUCGAGAAGCCGUCGGCAGUGUAAAACAACCUCCGGGUAACUGCACUCCAAUUCUCUGCAGGAUGAAAGGCCGUCAUGUGUUACACGCAGGCCAUGCCUAACAGGAAUCAAAUGCCAUUGGUAGACAUGUUUGGAGCUGUAUUGGGGGCGGGGGUGCAUGUUUGCUGAGCUAACCAUAGGCGCUGUGUAGAGCUCAGAUCUUGUAACAACACGCGAGAACAUGCCCAACACUGCUAUUUGACCUGUGUGCCUGUGACCAUUGGCGCAUUGUGCAGGGGUAUGUGCACGCACUGCAGAAAGCAGGCAUGUUGGUCUUCAGGCCGCAUUGCCUUUGUGUGCGGGUUGUGUUCUCAGAGUGCCCCGUCACGUUCCUUGGUGUGAGCAGGCAGUAGAAUACUUGGUACUUCUCGGUAGCUGGCACUUUUUGCGGCGUCUUCAAGGCUUGCUUGCACCCUUGGAGCAAGCAGGCACACAUGGAAGCAACUCGGGUCGACCGCAAAAAUGGAGGGCACAGGUGACAUUGUUGAACGAAUUACUAUUUACAGAGCUGAGCAUCAUACGACGGAAGCUUACUGUAAGAAUGCGAGAUCGAUGGCCGUGAGACUUUCAGAACUUUGUUCACCUUUUGAGGGACAUGGUUUGUGUUGAAGCAGGCACUGUUCAGAGUGCAAUAUUGUAGCGCCUUGCGGGCAAAAAACUACAGUUCAGCACAUCGCCUGCACGAACAGUCGAUACAUUACUGAUCAAUGCAUAGCUUUGUUCUUGCCUUUCAUCCGGACAAUUGGAGUGCAUCCCAAGAAGACUGCCAGUUGCCCGACUCAAGAGACACAAAGCCCGCGUCCGAACCGUGCUGCUGACCUCCCCGUCUCGCAUCUUCCCAACAGGAGUCGUGUAGGCGUGGUCGGAACCAAACUCUUUGCUGUUUUUUUUUUCUCUCGCUCUCUCUCGCGAGACACUGGUAUAUGCAGUCCACAUUCCGCAGCGGGCACACCUUCGCACGCUCUGUGACGUUAACAUGGGCCCCGUCGUACCUGUGUCUGACGAAUUGCUUUCUUACUCGCAUGCCUCUCGGGGUCGCGUGGCAGGAAAGAACAGCCUUGUGCUUCGCUGCCUUCUUAUUGCGGCGACCCGCGGGGCAUGCGAUGUAGAAACCGGGCCCGUGGUGUAACUGACAACAGGAAAGGAAAAAAAGAAAAAGGGUGCAGACGAUGUAAGAUGCUGUGAAGUUCCAUCUCCUGUCGUCAUGGUGUGUCCACCUGUCUUUCCCCCAUCAUCUCUCUAGCUUUUCUUUUUUCCUCUGCCUCCCAUCGCCACAUCCUCUCCCAUCACUUCAUAUUGGCCCCUCACUUAGAUUUCAUUCUUUUGGGAGAACAGUAGAAACACACAUUACAAAUUGUUAAAAGAAAGCAUCUAAAAUCACUUCCGACUUUCCCCUUCCAUGUCGUGUGUGUCGUUUCUGUGCCAUUUCUUUAUUGGCGGCAUAAUUCACGAUUCUUCAUGAAUCUUAUUUAUAAACCAAGUGCUCCCACCACGCCUCCUGCAGCCCUAACUCUGGUCGUCUGUCAGUAGUGGGUCUCAUUUCUCUCUUUUUUUUUUCCCUUUCUUUUAUUCCAGACCGUCACUAUCAUUCAGCCAGGUGGGAUGACAGGAGAAAAAGACAUUCCAUAGCUGACAUGCCUCUGGUGCAUAAGUAUGCCGGACGCCCUGUUCGUCCCAUCUCGGGGGCUGUGCUAGUGACGCCGUAGCUUUUGUUUCCGAACUCCACCACCGUUGGCCACUUCUUUUCUGCCUAGUACGUUUUUGAGUCUGUCUUUCAUCUUAUUUGUAGGCGGCGCUUUGGUUUCGAAACGUCCGUCCCGACAAGCUAUCUGUGACCCUUCCUUUUUGUGGGGGGUGUCAUUCUCUGUAUAUAUACAUAUAUAUAUGUACAUAGCCAUAUGUAUAUAUAUGUAUAUAUGCGAGCAGAUGGGAAAGAGGGGUGGAGUUUUGCUCCCUCUGUUUUUCUUCGUUUCGUGUUACAUUUAUUUUGUCACCUCGUCAUGUUUUCGUUGUAUGUCCACCGGGUGUAUUUGUUCUUCAGUGUUCACCUCAUGUCUCGGGUAAGAUAUUCCUUGGAACAUACAUACCUGUUUUUUUCGGUAGCGGAGACUGACAACCGUCCCACUUGAAGUAACCUUCCGAUUCUUCGGCCCUCCAUUCUUUUUUUCUGUCCGAAAGCUCGGUGCUCCAUCCCCUGACCAGCACCUGAUGCAGUGUUACCUGGGGCUAACAUUUGAACGCAUCUUGAGGUCUUAUUCGUCAAAUCUGCUUUAAUGAGGAUGCAUGAUCAGCUUUCAUGGUGAGGCAUGUGGCCAGCUAAAGUGCACCAUGCAUUUUUCUUUUUUACAUCAAAUGAGUUACGAACAGCAUGAAGGCACUAUGUAGAUGACCAUGUUAUGUGAUGUGUUAAUGAAGUUUAACGCUCGCAUGGUGGCGUUGAAGUAAAUAAUGCGAGGCUGGUAUCGGCCAAGUGAAGAGCUGACAAGACAAUGUGCAGAACCGCGCUCGCUCUUGGAACCAGAGAACGUAACUUUUUAAAGGGGCGCUCAUAAGAAAAGCGCGCAUGCAUUUCCCCAUCAUGUUACGGCCAUUCUGAAGAUGGAGCGGGUCCGUGAUGAUUUUUUGUGUGUAUGAUCAAGGAGGAAUUUGAGCUUGUGAGCAAACCAGAAAGUGAGCAAGGCCACUAAAAUCACCCCAGCCGUUAAAAGGAUUGCCGAGGGUGGUUCAACAAACUUUUAUAACUGCGUGCGUUGGUCACAUGCCUUGCCCAUGACCGUCGCUCUGUCGCAUCACGAUAGCACAGUUCUCGCUCGCAGAGUAACGUUCCUGAAUGUUCUUUUUGAAACAGCAGGAGAAUUGCAUCUACAGCAAAUGGUCCAACGGCUGGCUGAACGUCGUACAGCGGAGAGACACAUUUGUUGGUGUGUUCUGGGGCACUCUUGAGUUGCCGUUACGAACCGUGUCCAGGACGCUGGUUCCAUCUUUCACUAAGCUGCGUCAUUGUCAAGCUUGCAACAAGCCGUCAGUUGUGUGGUAAAUGGGGGCACGGGAAGGGGCUCGGCUGCAAAGCAUCUCAUCAGUUGAGCCACUGUUUACAUAGCCUGUCAUUGCCCCUGUGUGCAAUGGUGUUUGGAGCCAUUGUUGGUCAAAUCUCAGCAAUGCAGCUAGUUUUUCGUUUUAAUCUGAACAAAUCAAGUGCAGCUGUAUAUAGUAAUGCAUUUGUUGUUGAAAAACUGAUAGUGCUGCAGACAGUGCAGAAAGGUGUUACGGUGUUAUCGAUACCUCUUUUUUUUUUUUUUUUUUCUCCUAACCCAAUGUCUAAUCGCAUGUGUUCCUCUGAUAAAAUGAAACGGCGAAUUAAAAAAUUAAUCAAAGUAAAGUUUAAAAGCUAAACAUGGGACUUGUGUAUUGCCCUCCGAAACCUUCACAGCAUUUUUCAUGACCUGCACAUUUUCCAACUGUGAUCUUGUUCUUUAACUUUUUUUUUGUCAGUUUUAACAGUGUCUCUGUGUUUUUAUAUGCAUGUGUGUUGCUAGGUUCUUUUUUUUUUCUUAAAAAAUGAGUAAGAAAGAGAAAACAGGUUUGAAAAGGUUUUUCCUUGUAUCUUGUUGGGCUUGUCUCCACAAACCCAUUGCAAUGCUAGUCAUCCAAAAACAGGACAUGGCUGGGACUUGGAAAACUGGUGUGAAAGAGUUGUCAUCUUCGUUUGACGAAUGAUGAUGGUGUUAGUAAACAAAAAAACUGCCUCUGAUUUAUGUGCUGUAUUUCUCGUAGACCAUCCUUGUUUUACUUUUUUUUGUACUUCGUGUUCUUUCCAUAUUUUUUUUAACAGAAAAGAAAGAAAUCUCUGUCAUCACACAUUUCUUUGUUGCGAUCAGGUUUCUCGAACCUGCAGGUUGAAAAAAAAAAGAGCAAAAAGAGGAAAAUGAAAAAUUGAACAAUUGAGAAGCGACACGUUUGAGAACUGUGUACCACACUUAAAACAGAAAAAAAAAAUAAAAAAAAAUACAUCCAUAGUGUUGUGAUAUGUAAACUGAAUAUCCGAAUAAAGGUCACAAAUGCA